AUGAAUGAUAAGUUCCUUUAAUUAAGAAAUAAUUAUUGCUAUCAAUACAACAAGCGAAUUAUUAAAAAUUAUGAAUAACCCUAAUAUUCUUAAAGAUUAAAAACUGAAACUCCUCCAAUUCUCAAACAAAAUAAGUACACUUACCAUUCGCCAAGAAAUAUUAUUUAAACUACAUUUUUUGAUUAACUUAAAAAGUUUCCAACUCCAAAACCUACAGCCUAUUAGACUUACCUAAAAUCUUUGUUAGAAAAUAAAACAGAAAUUCAGUCUAAGCAAAAAUUUAAACCAUCCUUCACUAUGCACGAUAUUCGAGGUCAGAAAAUUAACACAUAGAGAUAAUUAAAGGAUACAUUAAAAAAUCAACAGAAACACCACUAUCAAAAUAAAACUGAAUUCAAAAUGCCUCAAAAAAUCAAAUAGCAUAAUUCAACAUAAUUUAAUUAGCCUCAAAAACUUUCUUAAGAAUAGAUGAAAUAAUUAUCAAUAAAAAAAAUCAAUAAGAUCAACACUAAAAUAAAUACAUGCAGGGCAGCAAAUGGAUUUUAAGCAUUAGGAAGCGAUGGAAUGCAGAAUUAUGAAGAUAAUUUUGAUGACAUCUAACCUUGGAACACUUCUGAAUUAAAAUGA